UUCGGGCGCGGAGGCGCUGCCCCGGCCGGGAGGCGCGGCGAUCCCGACCCGGAGCGCAUGGAGGGAAACGCGGUGCGGAGGAGGGGCCGCCGUGCCCACCGGAGAUCCCGGCCAUAGGGGCGGGGAGUCUCCUCCUCCUCCUCCUCCUCCCGCAGCGAGGCUCCAGCUCCCCGCACGCACCGGAGCGCUCGGCUCCCUCCUCCUCGUCCCUCCUCCCUUCCCCUCCUCCCCGCUUCCCUCCCCGGGUCGCCGCGGCUCCGGGAGGAGCGGGGGGGCCCCCGCUUCCUUCCCUCCCCCCCUCCUUCUCCCACCCGCCACGCCGAGGAGAGGCAGAAGCAACGAUGGGGUGCAUUAAAAGCAAAGAAGGUAAAGGCCCAGCCAUGAAAUACAGAACUGAAAAUGCUCCAGAACCUGUUAUUUCCCAUGUCAGUCAUUAUGGAUCAGAUUCCAGCCAAGCAACACAGUCACCGUCAAUAAAGGGAUCAGCAGUUAAUUUUAAUAGUCAUUCCAUGACUCCUUUUGGAGGGCCUUCAGGAAUGACACCUUUUGGAGGAGCAUCAUCUUCAUUUUCAGCUGUGCCAAGUACAUAUCCUAGUACUUUAACAGGUGGUGUUACUGUAUUUGUGGCCUUAUAUGAUUAUGAAGCUAGGACUACAGAUGACCUUUCAUUUAAGAAAGGUGAACGGUUCCAGAUAAUAAAUAACACGGAAGGAGACUGGUGGGAAGCAAGAUCCAUUGCUACGGGAAAGACAGGCUACAUCCCAAGCAAUUAUGUAGCUCCUGCAGACUCCAUUCAAGCAGAAGAGUGGUAUUUUGGUAAGAUGGGCAGGAAGGAUGCAGAAAGGCUACUUUUAAAUCCUGGGAACCAGCGUGGUAUUUUCUUAGUAAGAGAGAGUGAAACCACUAAAGGUGCUUAUUCCCUUUCUAUACGUGACUGGGAUGAGGUCAGAGGUGAUAAUGUAAAACACUACAAAAUCAGGAAACUUGACAAUGGUGGAUACUAUAUCACAACCAGAGCACAAUUUGAAUCUCUGCAGAAGUUGGUGAAACACUACAGAGAACAUGCCGAUGGGCUGUGUCAUAAGCUAACAACUGUGUGUCCCACUGUGAAACCACAAACACAGGGACUAGCAAAAGAUGCUUGGGAAAUUCCUAGAGAAUCUUUGAGGCUGGAAGUUAAGUUGGGCCAAGGAUGUUUUGGUGAAGUGUGGAUGGGAACAUGGAAUGGAACCACAAAAGUAGCAAUCAAGACACUGAAACCUGGUACAAUGAUGCCAGAAGCUUUCCUGCAGGAGGCUCAGAUCAUGAAGAAACUACGACACGACAAGCUCGUUCCGCUGUAUGCAGUCGUUUCUGAGGAACCAAUCUACAUCGUCACUGAAUUCAUGACAAAAGGCAGCUUGCUAGACUUCCUUAAAGAAGGGGAAGGGAAAUACUUAAAACUCCCACAACUGGUCGACAUGGCUGCUCAGAUUGCGGAUGGCAUGGCUUACAUUGAAAGAAUGAACUACAUCCACAGGGACCUCCGGGCAGCUAACAUUCUUGUAGGAGACAAUCUUGUGUGCAAAAUAGCAGAUUUUGGUUUAGCAAGGUUAAUAGAGGACAAUGAGUACACUGCAAGACAAGGAGCUAAAUUUCCAAUUAAAUGGACCGCUCCAGAAGCAGCGUUGUAUGGUCGGUUUACAAUCAAGUCGGAUGUAUGGUCAUUUGGAAUUCUACUGACAGAGCUGGUAACUAAGGGAAGAGUGCCAUAUCCAGGAAUGGUGAAUCGAGAAGUUCUGGAACAAGUGGAACGUGGGUAUAGGAUGCCUUGUCCUCAAGGCUGCCCAGAGUCUCUCCACGAGUUAAUGAAACUGUGUUGGAAGAAGGACCCUGAUGAGAGACCAACAUUUGAGUAUAUACAGUCUUUCUUGGAGGACUACUUUACUGCUACAGAACCACAGUACCAGCCUGGUGACAAUUUAUAAGCCAACAGUCUAUAUAACAUGCACAAAUCUGCCAAAUGUAAAAGACUUGCAAAGAAUUCCUGAAGUCUCUAAGGAAUCACAGGAAAGAAAAUCUUCGCUACUUUGCAUGCUCUUAAUGGCAAACUGGAAUUUCAUAAUGCAGUUGCACAAAACCACUUUUAAAGUGUUAUACUCUGAUUUACCAAUGACACAUUUUUUAUUUUUUCCUCUUUCCCAACUUAUUUUCAGGGUCCAAAGGAAGCUUACUGAAAAUACGGGGCAGAAAAAAUGAGUGUUGGUGUGAACAAUAGCAGAAAAACCAAUGUUUCAAAUCCUUUAUUCUCCCAGUAUUUGCUUAUCAUUCUACUAAUGAGGGAAUUGUCUGGAAGUAGUGAUCUUGGGGUAAGACCUUUUUAAAGCAGAAGAACUUUGUGGGACCAACAGUUCUAUUCCAGUUCAGUAAAACUCCCUGUGUUUAAAACUACACGUGUGUGCCCCCACCCCCGCAAAACAAAAGAUGGUACAACUGUAUUUGACUUAUAGUCUCAGUCUUUAAGCUUCCACUUUCAUGGACUUAAUUAGGGUAGGCAGGUAAAAGGAGAAAUUGGAACAGUGAAUGAGAAACUUGAUCUAAAUGAUAGAUCUCAAUAGUGAGAUUAGAGAGCAUAAUGCACUGUGUUAAUACUUGUGUUAAUAUAACUGGAAAGUAGCAUGAGAGAUUUUUCCUUUUUUCUUUCUGCAUUGCUAAUUAAGAAUAAUGAAGGUAACUAGAAAAUGAGGUAAUAUUUUAUAAAAUUGUGUUGAUAAAGUAUGAUGAUAUUUGAACUUGAAGCUAUGUAAUACAAUCACGGGGGGAAAGCCUUUAAUCUUUUAAGCUCCAAUGGAACAGCGAGCUUUUGUAUGGGAAGACUACCUGAACAAAGUUACAAAGUUCACCAGGAAAGCAAGACUGAAGCUGGUAAAUGGCCACCUUUUAAUCCUUUUUCAGAGACAGGUUUGGUACUGUUGUAUGUGGCUUGUGAGUGUUAACAAGGGUGGGUGCCACAAGUGCUAUCUGUGGCUAGUCACUAGUUCAGGGAUUUGAUUGCACUUUUGCUUUUCUUGGCUAUUAAGAUACACACACAGUUGCUCUUCCCACUUCUGCCCUUCCUACAGAAUUAUUUAACUAAAAAUAAGUGAAAGAAAAUGUGAAAGUUUAAAAAGUAAAGGGAUAAAAUAUAUUUAAUAUUGUCCAAGUAAUAAAAUUUGCUGGUAUUCAGCCCAGCUGACACUACAUCUAGAUUUAUUUUCUUUGGCUACUGACAUAUCAAGCAAUAACGUCAAGUCUUUUACUCAACAAUUUGCAUGAGGUUCUUGAAUUUCUGAUCAAGCGUAUAUACUUUAAUUUUGAAACACUCUUACUUAGUUACUGGCUUGGAAUUCAUAUGAUCAUUGUAAAGCUAUCCAACAAAUGAAUUCAGAAAAGCUGGUAAUAUAGUUCUGGUACUAAACUUAACAUUCAUGGGUUUACACUACAUUGAAUCCAGCUACCAAACAGAUCUGUGUAGGAACAGUGCCAUCAUUUUUCAUUUUCCCUCAUCAUUGCUCAUCAACUGUACAUCUGUGGUUAUCAAAUUUUAAAAGGGCUUUCUGUAAGAAAAACAAAAACAAAACAAAAAAACACAUACACAAAAUACUCAAAAAACCCAAAAAAGAUGAUUAAAUUUUAAUUUUUCUAAAUAUUUUAAAAUUAAUAACACAAUCAUAUGAGUUUAUGUAUUAAUACAGUCAUAACAAAAAAUGCCAAAAAUGACACUGGCAUUGUAUGGAUUUUUAAUUACUGAAUGGAACAGUUCAUUGUAAUAACACUUGUAUAGUAAAGGAAUAAAACACUAACUUAAUGAACGUGUUCAUUGUAAAUGGUUGUGUAUUAUAAAACUUCUCCAAAAGAGUUUGUAUGUUUAUGAAAAUUUAUUUGUUCACCUGAAGACCUUGAUGUGGUUCUUACCCUAACAGAGUUUAAAAUUCACAUUCACACUUUUUAUAUAAAUAGUAAUAAGUUUAAUUAUGUAACUAAGUAUUUUUAUAAAGUAUGGCAUUGUUGAACUGUUUUGCAGAAUUGGUUCAAAAUAAAUUUCAUGUUGAUUGCAUCUGC